CUUUCCAACCUUUUUUUUAAGCAAAACACUACUCAUAUUUUUUUAGGCACAGAAAUAGGCAGUUGAUGAUGACAACUUGACCGCGAAUUCAUGAUUUGAAAUAUUAAAAUUGUCUUGGCCUCCAGAAUAAUCUUGUAUGCCAAGGUCUAUAUAUUUAUUUCAAGGUCUAUAUAUUAUUUUACUAUGACUAAUCCAUUGAGUGUUCUUCGGGAGUACAAUUUUUUUAAAAAGCCAAUUAUUGAACGAAAUAAUCAAGUUAUUUUUGGAGCGAAUUCAUGGCCCAAAACAACACAAACCAAUUAUCUUGUAUGUGGUUCUGGGAAAGAUGGAACUCAAAAGAAAUAUUAUACACUAGAAUGCCUGCUUUAUUUUAUAAAAAAUGCAUCUUUGUCUCAUCCAAAGUAUGUCGAACAAGCUGCUGCUGAAAACAUUCCUGCUGUCCGCCGUCCAGAUCGUAAAAAAUUAUUGGCAUAUCUAAAGGGAGAUUCUAGUACUAUGUCCAGUAGCAUUGAUAAAAAUGGGCCCAUUAAAGACAUUACUAUAGUUUAUGAUAAAGAAGCUGAAAUUGAAACAAAUGAACUCAGAGCUAAAUUAGGCCUUAUUAAAUCUGAAGAAACUAAUAAUUCUUCUAAAAUUAUUGACAUAUCCAAAGGGAGAUUCUAGUGCAGUGGCCAGUGGCAUUGAUAAAAAUGGGUCCUUUGAAGGCAAAGGCAUUAUAAUGAUAUGGAAGUUGAUUAUUUGUGUUUAAAGAACGUUAACGCAUGUACACCAGAUGGUUUAAAUCCUGCAAUCUUGAUAUAUAUGGUUCAUAGUACACAAUUAAAUUUUAUCUAGAAAUUCAAAAAUGUUGGAAUAAACUUUAAAUUAGUGUGUGUUCACAGAAUGAUGGAAUGAACACUUGCAGUUUAUCCAACUUCAAUCAUUUGUAUGGGUAGCAUAUUACCCAAAAUGUUUUAGCAUCAUCUGUCACAUUAUGAUAAGGAUUAUUAAAAAUCCUUAAUAUUGUUUUUUUUAUACUGAGGAUGGUUUUGCUCCAGAAAAAAUCCAGACUUUUCCAUAACCUUGAUCCAGAAAUCUAAGGUCUAGAAGUUACAAGAAACCAUUGAUCACGUUUAUGUACAAAAAAUUCUUCUAUAUUUUAUUUAAAAAUAUUACAACUAGACUUUGUACUUGGCAUCUCUUUCAUUUGUAAAUAUUUUUUGUUAGAAUAAUAAAUGUGAUAAAAGAUAAAAGUAAACUUAUAAAUAAUUAUUCAUUUAAAUUAUGCUGUAUAUAAUUUAUUUAGAAUUUCAUUUUAUGAAUAUAUCAAUGAUUUAAAUUUAUAAAGACAUUAAUUUUUUGAAAUGCGUCACUAAUGAUUUUAUGUAAGAAAAUUUCAAGAUUUUGGAAUUUUCAGGAUCUCACAAUUACUCCUGUUUAUACUGAAUUCUUAUUAUUUGAAUUAGACGUAAUAUAUUGCUAUUAUUUUAAAUAUUUGUCAAUAAAAAUUCAAUAUUUUUAAAU